UCCCCCUACAUGACACCAGGCUCGUCAUGUGACAGGUGGUGCUGUGUUCACGUGACCCCUCCCCGAUUCUCCGGGUUCCCCCUGGUCGGUGUAGUGACGUAACUAUUCCUCUUUCGCUCAUCCUCUGAUACCGACCCGUCCCCGCCGCCACCAUGAUGUCCUUUUCCGAGCUCUACUUCAAUGUGGACAGCGGCUACCUGGAGGGCUUAGUCCGGGGCUUCAAGGCCGGGGUCCUCACCCAGGGGGACUACCUGAACCUGGUGCAGUGCGAGUCCCUGGAGGAUCUCAAGUUACAUCUUCAAAGCACAGACUAUGGCACAUUCCUGGCCAAUGAAGCCUCACCGCUUGCUGUCUCAGUCAUUGAUGACAAGCUGAAGGAAAAGAUGGUUGUGGAAUUUAGACACAUGAGGAACCAAUCGUAUGAACCACUCGGCAGCUUCUUGGAUUACAUUACGUACAGCUACAUGAUCGACAAUGUGAUCCUGUUGAUUACUGGCACCCUGCACCAGCGCUCCAUUUCUGAACUUGUACCCAAAUGCCAUCCCUUGGGAAGCUUUGAGCAGAUGGAAGCUGUAAACAUCGCCCAAACGCCUGCAGAAUUGUACAAUGCCAUUCUUGUAGACACUCCACUAGCUGCAUUCUUCCAAGACUGCAUUUCAGAACAAGAUCUUGAUGAAAUGAACAUUGAAAUUAUAAGGAACACAUUGUACAAGGCUUAUUUAGAAUCCUUCUACAAAUUCUGCAAAGGACUUGGAGGAACUACAGCAGAUGCCAUGUGUCCCAUCUUGGAGUUUGAAGCCGACCGCCGAGCGUUUAUAAUCACUAUUAAUUCAUUUGGCACUGAACUUUCCAAAGAAGACCGUGCCAAGCUGUUCCCUCACUGCGGGAAGUUGUACCCAGAAGGCUUGGCCCAGUUGGCGAGAGCUGAUGACUACGAGCAGGUCAAAGCAGUAGCUGACUAUUACCCAGAGUAUAAACUGCUGUUUGAAGGUGCAGGAAACAAUCCUGGUGAUAAAACCCUGGAGGACAGGUUCUUUGAACAUGAGGUGAAAUUAAAUAAACUGGCCUUUAUAAACCAAUUCCACUUUGGGGUAUUUUAUGCCUUUGUAAAGCUAAAGGAGCAGGAGUGCCGAAAUAUCGUAUGGAUCGCAGAGUGCAUCGCCCAGAGGCACCGAGCCAAGAUUGACAACUACAUUCCGAUCUUCUAGAGGGGUAUUCCUACCAUAGCUCAUCUACCAGGUUCUCCUCCUCCCCUGCAGACAUUUCCUUUGCCUUACAGGCUGAAAAAAAAAAAUCCGUGGACUGGAUGUGACAUGAGAUGUAAAGAUUCAGGAGGCUUUAUAUAACUGAUCAUGUGGAGUUUUCCUUUUAAUUUAUAGCUGUUAAUCAAUAGUAGUUCUACUCAUUUCCUACAAUGCCUUCCAUCUGGCUGUAUGGGAAUUAAAGGGCCAUGAAUCCUACAGCAAGACUUGUUACUUUUUUAUGUGUAAUAUCUACUAAUAGCAUUAUAGCUUGUUUGGGUAGAGUGGAGAUGGAUUAGGACAUCUAUUAGGUUUGUAUUGCUGUCUGUGACCCUAUUAGGGAGAUUGAGCCUAUUUUUUCCUGUUUACAAUUAUCAUUGAAAGUAAAAGAAAAUCAAAAAUGUUGGGUUGUCCCCAGAAAAGUAACAAUGGGGAAACCUUCAUAUUGGGACACUAGUCCUGGAGGCCCCAAGGGUUUCACUUAAUUUGCAGGGAUUUCUUCUUACUUCCUGUUUUGGCUAUAGGACAGGAAGUGAAGGUGAAUCUCCCCAAUGCGACACAGAUGGCUUCAAAAAACACUGGCAGGGUUAUAACCCUCUCAUACUCUAUUCAAUAUUAAAAUAAAUAGUUGUACUGUAAUUGCAUUAAAGUGCUAUACGGCACGAGGGACAUACUUUUCCUGUAAUAAAGCGUGUUCUAUGUCUGUCUAGCGGCUUUAAAGUAGUAAAAUCUUUUCCCCGCUGCUGCCGGGUCCUCCCUACGGCGCUGAUUACUAGAUUUAACAUCAGCCGCUGAGAGUGUAAAAAAGUUGUACGGCUUGCCACUUUCAGUAUUCUUUCCCAGAAUGCAACCUGUACUGUGAUUGGAGGAGGUGGAACUUGUCAGUCACCUUGGCCAUACCCCUUUCACAGAAUGCUUUGCAUUCUGGUAAAGAAUUGAAUUGGAGUUUUGUGAAUGGAGGAGGCAGGUGAAAGAUCAGCACUAUGUAGAGAAGAAUUCUACACUAUGCAGCAUUCCAACUGGACAUGAGACUCCCUUCAUUAGAGGUAAGUUGUGUCCCUGGAGUUGCUUAGACGUUAAAAAAAAAUGCAAAUAAACAUUCUUUAUUCAUACUAAAUGAAAUAUACCAGUGUCUGUACAAAACCAGAUUUAUUUAAUGUAUUUAUUUGCUUUAGGCGUACUGGUAUUUCCUGGUAAGCUGCCAUUUUAGAUGAUAGAAAGACUGGCAGAGUAGGUACAAAAUGUCACCUGUGCAUCAAAUAAUAUCGUCCCUCUGAGAACUUUAGCUGAGAGAUACAGGAUUCGGAUAGAUUUCCAAAACAGUUAAAUAUAUAAUUGUGAUAGUUGUUAUUGAAGCUCUUUGGUUUAGGUUACCCAGUGUUUUUAUGGUUAUUGGUCUUUUAAAGAAAUGGCUAAAAGAGAAUUUCUGGGCAAACAAAAAAUCGUCAAUUACAUAUAAAUAGCGGCUUUCUUAAAAUGUAGCUGUUAUUUAAUAUUUUUAAAGACGACAUAUUCGACACAGUUUGGGGCCUGCAGUGGCAAAUAAAAGGGGCAAAAUUGCAAAUAAAUGGGGCAAACUAUGCAUUGUACACAAUGCAGUCGGAGCCAACAAUAGCUGUCCCCAUAUCUCCAUGAUAUUAGGUAAAUAGUAACCUGAAUUGUGACUCGAUUUUUAGCCCCGGUCAGGUUUUGUACAGCUCAUGACAUGACAAAAAAAUGUGAUUAGUAUGUAGGUUUGCUGGCUUGUUUUAUCCCAGAUGGAGUUCUCAUUUUUAACCUUCUUAAGAAAUAAGUAAUAUGCAGUUAUAGUAUAUUGUGAUACUAUGUGUGCUGUAUGGAUGUGAUAAUCAGUUCUUGUAUAGACCUCUGUUACCACCCCCCACUGCUUCUAUACAGGUUUAUUGAUAAAACCUGGAUCAAAGGGUAAAAGUGUUGCUCAUAGUAGUCAGUUUACUACUUUGAAGUGUGCUUGUGAACACUGGUGUAUGUAGCCUGAUCCCUCUGUGCCAGGGGGCCAUGUGUAAAAAAUAAAUAAAAAAAGAGUGGGGCCAAUGCUGGUAAUGGCAUUACAAUACCGAGACAAGAAUUAAGUCCACCUAAUUUUCCUGUAUUUUUUUUUUUUUGCCCCAUCACCUUUUGUAUAAAGCAGGUAGUGAAAGAAAAAUUGGACCCAAAGAUAAAUGUUAUCUGAUGCAAAUAUAAGUCCUGAGAGGCAACUCUCUAAAAAACGGGGUAGCCCUAUGGGUCCACAAAAUGAUCCAAUGAAAGUGGGGAAGGGUAAGAGCACGACAAGUCUUUAAUUGGUCCAGUGAAAAUAUAUUCACCUAAAAAAAAAAAAUCAAUAGGUACCACCGACACGUUUUGGGGGCUGGGCACAUCUAUCUGUCUGGUGGCUUUCUCUUGCUCUGUUCUUCUGUUAUCAGCAUAACUUCUUCCUACACGUGAUAAAACCUAAAAGUCUGAAUUUUGUGUCAGGGUGGGUGCUAUAAAUAGAUUAGCAUAAAACUGCUCUACUCACAGAACAGCUCUGAAAUGUUCUGCCAAUGUGGAAAUGGGUGUGUGCUUUUCCUCCAAUCAGCUGUCUCACAGUGUAAUCCAACACUACACUGCUACUGCUGAAUGAGGAAGUGAAAAUUAGAACAUGCCGCGCACAUUCCAAACAGUAUAGAAAGCUGAAGAUAGCAGAUAUACUACUAGUAAAACUUAUGUAGGGAGAUUUGUUUAAUCUCUGUGUAUCAUCUGAGGCCGUUCACUAUCAUCUGAGGCCGGUACACUGGGUGUAUGUGAGGGUUUACAUCCACUUUAAUGCAUUCCUUGCAUUAAGGUAAAAAAUGUUUAGACAUUCGUAUCCCCCCCAUACUCCUUUACUUACCUGAGCUCUCGAUCCAGCUCUGUGCACCUCUGAAUUUUUCCUCUCCCCUCAAUUCUGGGUCUCGCUGGCUUUACUGUAGCAGCAGGAGCAGAGUCCCACAAUAGACACAGACAGCGAGACUCGAGAGCGAACCCACAUGAGUGCCGUUUUCUUCGGGGGCUAGGAGUGUUGGCGCAAGACCCAAGAAGAGGAGGUUUGAGCCCGCAUUGUGCCAUUCCAUUGCACAGCGCAGGUUAGUAUAAACCUGUUCUUUUAAAAAUAAAAAAGUAUAUUUACAAUCACUUUAAAAAAAAAAAUUUACUGGAUCAUUUAUAGGCUUUUGCCGAUCUCACCCUUCACACUUUCAUCCCAUCGUCUUUUGGGCAGAGACAACACCGUCCCGGAUUGGGUUAUGCCACUAUACACGGCUCUCUUGGCAACCCUUAAGACUGGUUCUCUUUAGGGCUCAUUCACACCAGACUGAACAUUAAAACGUAUCUACGCUGAUGUACAAUGUGUUGGGGUGGUGCAUUGCAUCACACUUUUAAUUUUAUUUAUCUUAAUUAAUUGUCACAAAAUGACAUCAUAAAGAGCAGUGCAUUAUGCUGCGUAAAGUGCAUACAUUUUUACAGCGUUCAUACCACUGCAUAUGUAUGGGGUGAACGGGCCACAUAGAAUACCCUUGCAUUGAACCUGCGUUCAAUGCAGUUCAACAAGCAUGGUGUGAAUGAGCCCUGUCUUCACUGUCCUGCCUGCUUAUUAAAUGUGAUUGGUUGCUCGGACACUUGCCUCUCUAUUUGAUUCGUCACCAUCCGUACCUCUGACCCAGCACAGACCAUUAGUAUGGCAAUAAAGAACCGGGUGAGAAGUCAGCAGUGAAUUUUGGGCUUGUGAAUGUUCACAGAUGAAGAAUACCCUAUGGAGGAUGUGAACUCGGUAUAAAUGAUAUUCCUAAAGCUUGUUCAUUGUGGUCCUUUUUAGUAUAGAAAAAUAUUUCUUGUGUUAUGUUGUACCUUUAUCACUGUAUCAUAAGAGGUGGUUUACAGAAAUAAAAAUGUCACUCCCAGCCAGAUAUGAAUAAAACCACCUUUUAUAGGUGGAUAUAUAUAGUGUGCUGUAACUUCCAGUCUGCUCAGUGGCAGAUUGCACAAAUCCUACCUACCGGGUGGUCGUGACCUCCGAUGCAGAGAGAGAACAAAUCCCAGCUACCUCUUCAAGCCAGAGUUUGCUUGAGGUCUGUCCACUGGAGCCUACAAAGACAUUUUUUUUUGGCAACUAUUUCCAUAAUGUGUUUGGGCUCUUAAUUAGUAUGUUUUCUGUACUAUUUUAAGGGGCGUGUUUUAAAUUUUUUUGCAUAGCCAAUUGUCUAGUGAAGCUGAUGGUACAUACAUUUUGUGCAAAAUGGGGGAAAAAUCGAGUGGUUUGGGAAAAUAUUGCAUUUUGGCCACUAGAUGGAGCUGAGGAUGUUACGAAAUGAGUACAGUCAUCCGCGCCAUCUAAUGGCCAUAAUGCUGUAUUUUCCUGCCCACCUGUAAUUUUUAUACCAUUUGACCUGUAGAGGAAAGAGGAGAACAUUUUGAUUUUGCACCAUUCGUCUAGAACGAAGGUACCAGCGGUUUUGCUUGACAAAUAGCUGUGCAAUUUUUUUCCACACCCCUAAUUGUCUAGUGAACGAUUAACCCCAAUUGCCUGUAGGGAUGUGAUUUGAUCAGUUAUUUGGAAAUACAUACGUUUUAUUUUGGAAAUGCUAUUGUACAGCCAUGUUUUAGUGUCUCGUGUGACCACAUUCCCUGGCUGGGCACCUCCAGAGUGACAUUUUACAUUUUCCUUCAUGUCAGUGUUAAGGAAUAGAUAUUUCUUGGAAAAAUGUUGGCUGAUUUUCUGUAUUUGUGCAAUUCAUAUGUUUUACUAUAAAUUCUCUAUGUAAGUGAAUGGAUUUUGCCUAAAAUAUGACACUGUAUAAAUAAAUAUAUAUCUUUAUGUAUAUGGUAAUAAAAUGAUUAACUGGAUAUAAACACUG